AUGCCUCGUAAUUAUAAAAGAAAAACCGAAACUAAAUACAGCUUAGAGGAUCUCAAAAGGGCUAUAGUCGAUGUUCAAACUAAGAAACUCAACAUUGGCAGAGCAGUAAAUACUUAUAGAAUUCAAAAAACUACAAUUUAUGAUUAUUUAAAGAAGGCAUCUAUAAAAUUACCAAGGACUGGACGAAGACCGCUCUUCACAGACCAGCAAGAAAAGGAAUUGGUCGACUAUAUCAUAAAGUGCAGUAAACUUUAUUAUGGUCUAACCAUAAAAAAAAAUUCGUCAGAUUGCGUAUCAAUAUGCAGAGAAGAACCGUCUGCCUCACAAAUUCGACCGUGUGAAAGAGCUAGCCGAAAAAGCCCCCUGAUGAAGACUGGAUAA